AGAACAUACACGUGACUAUUUAGACAAUUUAUCAAUGCUUCACAAGGAAUUAUAAAAAUAUACACUCCUUUCUUUUCUUCUAAAUAUGCCUUCAAUUGCUUUAUCGACAGCAGAAGAUAAGAACAAAGUACGACGUGCAUUACCAACUGCUAAAAUAUAUGCGGCCACUGUUGCACGUUUAUAUGUUGCUUAUCCUAAUCCUAAUAGAUGGGCAUACUCAAAUAUAUGGGGAGCAAUUGCAUUUUUAAAAGAUAAAAAGACUCGAUCCUAUUAUAUUCGAAUGGUGGACUUGAUGGUAACAAAGAAACAAAUGUAAAGAGAAAGAAACUAAAAAAAGGAACGUAAGAAUCACAAGGGCGUCAUAUGGGAACAAGAACUUUAUGAUGGAUUUGAACUUAACAAGCAUACACCUUUCUUUUACUCCUUUGCUGCAGAUG